UGCAAGCCACGACGUCGCUCCGUGCGCUUCAUAUUCCAUACUCGAGAAUCUAAUAGGCUUCACUGUUCUGGUACCAAGUAUUCGAAAGUAAACAGAACGAAACGGUGUUACACAGUGUUACAGUGAGCUGUUACUUGUGAUUGUGUUUUAUUGUUUUAUGUCUCAGACACCAGUGUUUUUUUUUGUGUAGAGUGCAUUAUAUUGUACUUUAACCACAUAGCCGUUGGAGUAACUGUAAGACGUCCGUGAAUGCCGCUGCGCAUGGAUGGCGACGCACGCCUGGCGGUUGCUCGCCCUCCUCCUGGCGGGCACCUCCCUUGUUCUAUCUAAAUAUGCUGAACUAGAGUCGUGGAGAGGCAGCGGAAGGCCGGUGUCGGAGGCGCAGGAAGCAGAGGACGAGCGCCACGACGCUGAACUGCUCGCUGCAGUCAGAGCUUCCCUAAAGCAGUGGGAGGUCAAGAAAUCGCGCACCAGGACCAAGCGAUCACAAGGGAGCAUAUGCUAUGGUGAUUUCGGCUGCUUUGAUGACACGGGGCCCUUCGCGUACUUGGAGACAUUGCCGAGUCCACCACAAGAAGUCGGAACGAAUUUCCUCCUAUACUCCACAACAAGCAGAGGGGACCAGCCCUUAGUUGCGGUGUCAGCGAGCAAUAUAUCUGCAGCAUGGCACUGGGCGGCGCGCGCCUUCGAUACGGCGCGGCCCACGCGCGUCAUCGUGCAUGGCUUCGGCUCCAACUGCGACAACGUCUGGGUGUAUGAGAUGCGCUCCGCUUUGAUGGCAGUGGAAGAAUGCAAUGUGAUCUGUGUGGAUUGGGAGGGCGGUGCGUCCAUGCCGAACUACCUUCGCGCCGCUGCCAAUACCAGACUAGUCGGCAAACAGCUCGCAAUGCUGUUGGAAGGCUUAGCUCAACACAUUGAUUUGAGAUUCGAAGACGUUCAUCUUAUUGGCUUCAGUCUUGGAGCCCACGUGGCUGGAUUUGCUGGGUCCGAAUUGAAAAACAUAAGUCGUAUUACAGGUCUAGAUCCGGCUGGUCCGCUCUUCGAGUUUCAAGACCCGAGGGCGCGGUUGGAUAAGUCCGACGCGAAAUUCGUGGACGUGAUCCACUCAAACGGAGAGACCUUGAUACUGGGAGGGCUGGGCGCCGCUCAGCCGCUGGGACAUGUGGACUUCUACCCCAACGGGGGGCGCGUCCAACAUGGCUGCUCUAAUUUGUUUGUAGGUGCAGUAUCGGACCUGGUCCUCCCGUGGGCCGGCGCUUCGCCCGAAGGCCGCUCGCUGUGCAACCACCGGCGCGCGUACAAAUUCUUCACGGAUUCCGUGUCACCUAAAUGCCAUUUCCCCGCCUUUCCUUGCGCUAAUUAUGACACGUUUGUGGAGGGUAAAUGUUUUCCGUGCAACAGUGAGCGUCGCUGCGGCAAUAUGGGAUACUACGCUGACCGCUCUCUCGGUCGAGGCCAGUUGUAUCUUCUAACAAGGGAAGAAGAACCUUUCUGCGCACAUCAGUACCACGUAGCGCUGUGGGGCGGUCACGAGGCUGGCGAGAAACCCAACUACGGCCGCGUCACACUCACGCUUCACGGCGACUCCGGGCUCAAUGAAUCUUUCCCCAUGACCAAACGCGAAGAAAGUCCUCGAAACGUGCGCUUCGGUCGAGUUCUGGUGCCGCACCCGGCGCUGGGCGUGCCGCUGCGAGCCUCGCUGCACUACGCGGCCUACAACGGCUGGCUCAGCGCUGGGCUGCGCGCUAUACGCUUCGACAAACUCCUCAUUACUGAUAGCUUCGACAAGACAUCGUCGUCCUGCAAAGCGAUGCGGCUGCUAUCAGAUGAAACAGUUCAAAUGACGUUAUAUCCGGGAGACUGUCAAAUUCAACAGAUUGAAGAAUCAACAAACACCACAAAACGUGAAUCAGUCACCGAUAAGGCGAAUAUAACAAAUCCUACUACAGAUGAUCCCCAUGAUAACGAAUUACCGGAAGACUUUCCACAUAGGCAAUUUAUACUUGCUGACGAUUGGGAAGAUACAGCAGACUCGGGACGCGCUUUCGGCAUGACUAACACCAAAACGGCUCCCAGUGGGCUCGUUGAAAUCGCCGAGCCAGUAUUACGGCCCAGACCGCGUAAGACACCGCGACAGAGAUCCGACGGUUCAGACAGUAUGCACGAAAUAUCGGAGCCCCUGCUCCGCGCUACGCAACCCCCGCGCACAACUACACAACCGCCAUCUCGCAAACCCAAAAACUACGACAUAUCGACUCCGCCCAGCAAAGAAGGCGAUGAACGAGCGGAAAAGGAACAGACCAGUUUCGCCGUACAAUUCCUACCAGCCCGGUUAGCGUCUUUCAUCACCAGAGCGGAACGUUACGCCAGGGAUACGCUUCUACCGUUGGUUUCAGCAUACGCUCCCCGUUUACCUAUAUUCGGAUCUCGCGAACUCCCAAAAACCACUGCCAGGUUCAUACCGACAGAAGAUAUUAACGUAACGAGCUCCGUGCCAAUACCGACGCCGACGCUGGAAAUGAAAAUUGAGUCGCUUCGAAUUUUAGGACCUCCCGGUGAAAAGCGCGAAUUCGAGACACCCGAGGACCCCGACAUACCCGUUGUGAUUUCGACCACGACAACUACUACGUCCACGACACCAGUGACGACGACGACGGAAAUUGAUAGAUUAAGAGUGGUGCCAAAGGAGAUUCUGCAAGUGGUAGAGGGACCCACCGCAUCGACGAGCACAGCUCUGCCACCGGUCGCUUUACGUAGCGAGGGCGAGAAAAUAUUAAUAGUAUAUCCGAUCAACGCAAGGGACGAGAGGAAGAUCAAGUCUCACUCGUUCCCUGAAGAGAUGCAGUUCGAGGCCCUCUACAGGCACACGGCAGAGCCGACCGCUGUUCGAGUCGACUUACCCACGUUUACUCCCCCGACUUCCACGGAUAAACUUCCACAGGCCGCUGUCUCAACCUCGAGCGUCAAACCAUCUGACUCGCGAUAUGUUCCAGUACCAUAUUCGAAGAAACCAGAUCACAAACAAGAAACUAAAUCAAACCGAAGAUGAAACAUGGCACAGCGCAAUUUUCUUAUGUAAAUACAUCAUACUAAAGGAUUAUUUAAGCUGUUGUAAAUCUUGUAAAUUUAUUUUUUUACACUUUUUACUAUGCUACAACUUUUUAUAUAUAUACUAUUUUUAAAAAAGAUAGAAGAAUUAUUAUAUUGAACCAGUUUAUUGCUGCGAUCAAAGUUUUUGAUUAAUAAUAAUUUAUAGUUGUGUACAUAUCUUAGGUGUUAAGAGUAGAAUAAGAGAAAUCUCAUUUAUAAUAAAAAACAUAUUUAUUUAAAAAAACAUUGUUUAUGUCCUUAAAUAUUCCAUUCCUCUGGAAUGAAUAAAGUAGAACUACAACUAAGAUAGAUGACAAAUUGUUUGAACUUAAACCCUUUUUGUAAGGCAUUGAGAAAUAAAAAUGUCUAAUGAAAAACUGGAAAAUCUAAUUGACAAUAAUAAUAAAGAAAAAACGAUAAUCACUGACAAAUCCGUGAGGUAUUUCUGCUGCAUUAUUUUAAAAAUUAAUUUCAAUUUUUUUUUAUUAAUACACAAAUAUACUAGCUGUUAUAUGCUAUUCGUUAUUGAGUUAGGUUUAAAGAAAAUUUUUAUUUACAUAAUAAAAUUUUAACCAAAUUAGAUUUAAUUGAAGUCCCAAUUUUUGAACGAAAUGCUUCGUCCUUUCACGCGAACUUAAACCUUAUGUCUAUUUAUUAAAGCUUGUACACAUCGUCACAGCUUCGUCUUCUUGCUCUAUGAU